UUUGUUUUGUAAGAGCUCCGAUGGAGUUGAGAUCGGGGCGCCGCCUCCGUUCCUCCGAGCAGCAGCCACCUCCAGGAGUGGACCGCAUCAGCGCCCUCCCCGACGACCUGCUCCUCCUUGUCCUCGCCCGCCUCCCCUGCGCCAGCGCCGCCGCGCGCACCGGCGUCCUCUCUAGCCGGUGGCGCGACCUCUGGGCCCGCCCCUACCAGAUCGUCUUCCGUGAUGUCCCCUUCCGAUCGCUCGAAGCAGCGCUCGGCAGCGUCGACUCUCCCGCGGUCUCGAUCCUGGAAAUCCACGUCCCCUACGAGUGCGUGCCCAACCCUUUCCCCGACACCGCCGGCGUCGACUCACUGCUGCGCGCCGCCGCGCGGCUCGAGCCGGCGGAGUUCGUCUUCGCCCUCCCCGGGCACUUAUCCAGCCCUUGCGUCGACGUCGACCUGUCUUGCUUCCACCGCACCACCUCCAUCGAGCUGGACUCAUGUCUCCUCUUCCUCCGUGUGCCAACCGGCGUCGACUUCCCCGCGCUCGAGAUGCUGUCCCUGUCGGGGAGGAUCCCGGAUCUCGACCCCUUGCUUUCAUGCUGCCCGCGCUUGCGCACACUCCAGCUCAGAAGCAUAGUGCACGACACGAGCGACCUGAGCGUCACCUCGGCGUCGCUGCACGAGCUCGUCGUGGACCGCUCGAGCAAGCGGACAAGCCGUGUCAACAUCGUCGCCCCCAUGCUUAAGCAAUUGACCAUGUCCUUUAUCGCCUAGGAUGUCAUUAUUUCCGUCUGGGCACCGAUGGUGGAGAAGGUCCGGUGGAAUUGCUGGUACGCCACCUAUGACAGGGCGUCUAUUGUGUUUGGUCUUUGGCGACUAGAGCAGGUGGCAUUACAGAUGGCAGCGAGACAAGGACAGCUCCCUUCCUUGGAGAUUUGUGCCCACGCCAGCUCACAUGUUUUCAGCAGUAAAGAGGAGGACACCUUUGCAGAAGAGAUAGAGAAGCAUAUGAUUGCUGAGUUUUCUGUUUUGGAGUUAUAUCUCAUAACAAAUGGGCAUGUUUUCGGAUCACUCAUGUUUCAUCUCCUACAGAUGUUCGGAGUUUGUGGUUAUGUGCGGAAGCUUAAGGUCAUCCUAGAGGGAUCAAUGGUGAAAGAAGAAUGCCCAUUUCAUUGUCGGUGUGAGCCUUCGAACUGGAGAUCCCAAACAAUCUCCUUGUCUGCUCUCGAGGAAGUGGAGAUCAACGGGGUUGAAGGAUAUGAUCAUGAGAUUGAUCUCUUGAAACUGAUAUUCAAAUGUGCGCCGGUGCUUAAAAAAAUGACGGUGAAGCUGUCACAGGAGGUAUCAGCAAGUAACGAUGGAUGCGCAAAGAUAUAUAACAUCUUUGAGUCAUAUUCCUCCGUCCAAUGCAAUGUGGAUCAUAACUAUGGUGAGUAUAUGUUUGGCAUGUAUUAUUAGCAUGCUCUCAGAUGAAACUUAAAUCCAAUUGUUAGUUCAUGUGGAAGAUUUGUCGAAAAUGUGGCGUUGACAUGCCCACUAUAGAGUUUACUUGUGCAUGCGUCCCAUUUAUUAGCUAAUUAAGCAUGUUAUAUUUCUGAAUUUGAGUGCUCCACCUUCGUAUUUUUAUGGAAAUAGGAACCGAAUGGUGGAGCGAAUAAUAACUCGAUAUUUUACGUAGGCUUCCUUACCUAAAUUGCUCUUUUGCAUAAUCUUCUCUAUUGAGAUCAUUCCCUUUUGUUUUGCAUCUGUAUUCGAGUUUCUAGGUUAGCUAGCUGAAGUUGUCUCGUCUUAAUUUAUUUGCCUUGGGGUUCGGCACAAAUUAUAUGUUCCAGUUAAACUUUAAGGCAUGCACUUUGUUAUUUCUUUCUGUUGUCAGCAUGUAUCUGUUUUAUUUGCCAAAUGAGAACAAUUUGUUUUGCAUCUAUUCAGUAGCAGAAAGAUAAUUUCUAGACUACCUGAAGUUAGUUGUCGCAUUUAGUCCAUCGGGUUUCUUUCUACUCUCAGCAUAUUGCUUGGGAAAUUGCACAAAUACAUACGUUUUGAGGCUGAGGUAAAACAAAACCAUAGCUCUUGGAUUUGAACAAAAAACCACAAAUCUACGACUUAGCAGUAACAAAAACCCCAAAUCUACCAAUUGAACACAAAUCUAACAACUGGACCCCACUAGUCAUCGACACUGUAGUGGAUAGCUUAUUUUUAGCGUGAGCUCACACGGGAGCUAUGCUUGAGCUGAGCCGGCCAGUUUGGAGCCAGAACCAUCAUCUAAAUGGACCUCCAUAUAUGUUCUUAUCUUACGAAAACUGUACAAACCUUAAA